AUGGUGAAAAAGUUGCAGUCAUUCGCCAUGUGCAACUGUGACGUUCGUCUGUCUCUCAUUGACGAAGAAACCGGGACCAUCGUUUUCUACUACGAGCCAACGUCGGAUGUUGUCUCGGCUUACGCGCAGCUGUUCAAUCCGCCGUUCGGCCGUGGUCUUGAGCCGAUGUUCCUCAACUGUUUCCUCAUGGAAUUCGACUUCAGUCUGUGGACCAAGGCAAACGAAAGUGAAGAUGAACCGGACAGCGGCUUGCAAAUCAUUUCCGUCAACGGAAUUCCUCUUGAAUUUUGUAAAAUAUACGAGCAGGUCGGUUAUGAACUGAUCAAUUUCACUGCGCAACAGAGUUACAGCGAACAUGUUUCGUCCACCCAGGUAAAUUUCUAUUUCUCGAUCACAUGCCCAGAGUCGUCGGUGUCUUGGCUUCGUCCUGGCAAACUGGAAUCCUCUUCGGUGCUGUGUUUGGCGAGGUAUAUCGAGGUCGUGUUUCAAAUCAUGGUCAGCGGUUGCCCACGUGUUGACACGGAUGCCUUGAAAACUCAAACGUCGGUUACCCUCGGUUCGAAGUUCGAGUUCGAUCCGCGAAUGUUUGGCCGCUGGCGACCGAGCUGUCAUUUACAACUCUAUGAAGCUUUCGACGAGAACAGUCCUUCCUGCAGUCAUGCCAGACCUCCAAAAAGAGCGUGGGCGAAGCUUGCCCCGGCAUUGUCGCUUGAGGAGCUCGCUGCCUACCGUGGUUGUUCGCCGUCGUUAAUUCCAGUGCCUCCAGAUUCAGAUGUAAUACCACUAGUUGACCUGACUAUUUGGGACCGUCCAGCACAAUCCGAAAUGAUAAUGGAUUCAACCAUGUUCGGUUCAGUGAAGCUUCUGGGGCAGUUAUAUAACAGUUUUAUAAUUUGCGAAACCGAAACGAUUCCUGCCUUAUUCCUCGCCAUUGACGAGCAUGCCGUCGCUGAACGGAUUCAGUACGAAGAGCUUCUGCGAAAGAUAUGUGGCGUUCGCCUUGAACAGGUGAUCAGUGACGAGCCGUCGGACCAAUGCGUCUUACGCGUGUCAGCACUUCCGAAAUGCUUCCUGGAAUUUGGCUCGGCAGAUGUCAACUACAUAGCCUGCCUAACGACGUCGUUGUUGGACGAAAUCGUCGAGAAAUCGGCCGCGGAGCCUCUCAAUGAAAAGGACCUCGUCCCCGAACUGGUAUAUUGGACACUUGGAUCGAUUUCCUGCAGAGAAGCUACGGAAUUCGGCACGCCGUUAACAUACGAGGGGGCAGCGAUGCUGAUCCGCAUGCUAAGUUGUUGUAGUCAACCGUUUCUUUGCGUUCACCAGCUGCCCACCUUGUUUCCUGUGUCAGGUUUAGAAGCUCUGCUGAAACCCUCUAAAUAG